AGAGAAGAGAUGGACUUGGACUUGUACGGUUGACAACUUGACAUUUCAGUACCACACUACCACUUCCUUAAUUACUAAUUAGCUUCCUCGCUCCCACAUCUUAUCUCUCUUCUUAUUCACAUUCAUUCACACACACACACACACACACACACACACACAUAUAUAUAUAUAUAUAUAUAUAUAUUACACACACACUGCUCUCUCUCUCUCUCUCUCUCUCUCUCUCUCUCUCUCUCACAUGCCUCUGCAAAUGUCAUUCCGAAACCAAUUCCCAAAACUGGUAGCGGUUUGCCGGCGGAGAUAGAUGGGAAAAGCAGCGAAGUGGCUUCGCGGCCUCCUCGGUCUCAAGAAGACGGAGUCUCCAUCACAGGCGCCGGGGAGGGUUCGGUCGGAGUCGAAGCCUCCGAAGAGGCGGUGGAGCUUCGUCAAAUCAUACCGAGAAAAGGACCGCAUCAACGGCGGCGAGAGGAGAGGACCGUGCGGGGAGCCGCACUGUGCGCCGUACGCGGACGGCGUGGAUCCGAACAAGCGCGCAGUCGCAGUGGCAGCUGCAACCGCGGCGGUUGCGGAGGCUGCGGUGGCGGCGGCGCAGGCGGCCGCGGUGGUGGUGAGGCUGACCAGCAGCGGGAGGACUGCUACCGGCCCGGCGUACGUUGGCGCCGGCUGCGUGUCCCGCGAUGAGUGGGCGGCAGUUAAGAUACAGGCGGCUUUUCGAGCCUAUCUGGCAAGGAGGGCACUGAGAGCAUUGAGAGCAUUGGUGAAGCUUCAGGCACUCGUGAGGGGCCAUAUAAUUAGGAAGCAGACUGCAGAUAUGUUGCGACGCAUGCAGGCAUUGCUACGGGCGCAGGCACGAGCUCGGGCAGGACGUGCCCAUGUUUCUGAAUCCCCAGUCUCAAGCAGCAAGUCUUCUCAAUUUCAGUACCCUGGCCCUGCAACCCCCGAAAAAUUUGAACAGGCUGUUCGAGCAAAGACUACAAAUCACGAUCAGUCACCUCUGCUCAAGAGAACUGGAUCAAAAGAGAGAAUGCAUUUUGUUUCAAAAAUGGAAGAACGAUUGUGGGAUCAGCGUGGGAGUUCAAUGAGAACUGGCCCAGUAGAUGACGACAAGACUGACAAAAUACUGGAAAUAGACACUGGAAAGCCUUCUCUGUUUGCCUCUACGCGUAGAAACCUCUCUCAGUUUUCUCAUCAUGUUUCUUCAUAUCAGAAUGACCACAGUUAUACGACUUCAAAAGACUCGACAACCCAUCAGACUGCUCCAAGUCAAUCCUCUUGCGAGGUUCAAUCUUCGAGUCCAUUGAAAGUACUUUCUUGUGAUGCCAAAGAAGGCUCUUUCUGCUCUGCUGAGAACAGCCCGCAAUUCUUCUCUGCAUCAUCUAAGGCCGGUAGCUCCCGAAGAGGUCCAUUCACCCCCACUAAGAGUGAUGGCUCAAGAAGCUACCUGAGUGGUUUCUCGGAUCACCCAAACUAUAUGGCUUGCACUGAGUCAUCGCGGGCUAAAGUGAGGUCUCUGAGUGCCCCAAAACAAAGGCCCCAAUACGAGAGAUCGAAUUCCGCAAAGAGGAACUCUGUUCAUGGGUUUGGUGAUUCUAGAGCAAGUGGACAGAGGGUUUCUGUGUUGCACUCCAACUUCACCAACAAAGCAUAUCCAGGCUCUGGUCGUUUGGAUAGGCUGGGAAUGCCUCUGAGAAUUGGCGAUGCCCUGGAUUAUAAUGGUGGCUUUUGCGGCAGAUACUGAUGCAAGACUGUUGUUCUAAAUGGGAUUUGGUUUUCUGAGCCCAAAAUCUAAUCUAGCUUUGCUAACUCUUUAUGUAAUUAGUGUAGUAGCACUUCUUUUGUCUUCUGUGUUAUGUGGAAGUGUCUGAGAACCACAUUGAUGAUGAUUAAUUAACCUCAUGUACCUUGCUGGAGUUCGCUUACUCUUUUAAUUAAAUGGGUAAUGGGAUUGAAGAUCA